CAGCAAUGCAAACACUUGACCUGCCUUAGCUUACAUCACCUAGUGGAUCGAUCGAGUUGAGUAUCUAUCUAAUCUACUACCUCCUGCAGUUGCAGUUGCAGUUGCAGCUGCAGCUCCGCUCCGCUCGUUAUAAGAUUUUAAUUUCUCCACCACCCCGCAUCAUCAAUCAAUCGGCCCAACUCCAUCCAUCCAAUAUGGCGAUGCCUCUCCUGGCGCUCCUCCUCAUGGCGGCGCUCUCGUCGGCCCUGGCGGCGGACGACGGCACCACGCACCUCAACUUCUUCAUGCACGACAUCGUGGCCGGCAGCAACCCGACAGCGGUGCAGGUCAUCAAGGGCCCGGCGGGCUCCGCCUCCACCUUCGGCAUGUCCUUCGGCGACACCAGCGUCAUCGACGACCCGCUCACCGAGACCUCCGCCGCCACCUCCGCCGCGGUAGGCCGCAUGCAGGGCUUCUACAUGCUCUCGUCCCAGUCGAGCCUCGUCCUCAUGGUGUGCGCCAACCUGCUGCUCACCUCCGGGGACUACAACGGCAGCACCAUCGCCGUCAUGGGCCGCGACGACAUCGCCGCCGACGUCAGGGAGCUCGCCGUCGUGGGCGGCACGGGUAAGUUCAGGAUGGCGAACGGGUACGUGCUCUGGAAGACCACCAGCAUGAGCGGGCCCGACGCCACCAUCGAGCUCGACGUGUACGUGUCAACGUCGACCAAUGGCACCACCAUCGACGCCUCCGCGCCCGUCUCGCCCGUCGACGGCGGCGGCUCCUCCUCCGGGUCCGGGUCCAAGGCGAGCUCGGGCGCCGCGAAGAAGGUCUACGGCGGCGGGUGGAUCAAUGCGUGCGUCGUCGCCGUUGUCGUUGCGGUGGUUGGCUCCUACCGCGUUUGGUGAGCUGAGCUGAUGAUGAUUGGUGGAGACGGGAAGAUUCUGAUGCUCAUUGGACAGCAGUGCAGUGCGUGGAAAGUUUGGUGAGAUGUCAGCGUAGUGGUGUUUGGUGGAGAUGAUGGCUGCUUCAUUUCCCUUUUUUUUUCUUUUUCCCGAGGCUUUUGAUAUCUUUGCUUGUCAUACAAACAUCCAUUGUUAAUCACGACUGUCAGCUAUGGUGCCUUUCUUACUGUAUUCAAUAAUGAUGGGGCUAUCUAGUGCUUAA